CUAUCUUUGGCACCGGUUGCAUUCCGGUUCGAUCCAUUGCUCACCUCGGUUUCAAGAUUUCCGUCGAUAUAUUCAUUCCUCCCCUCUUAUCCAUCAUGAGCGACAAGAAGCGCAAGCUCACCGAGGAAUCGGUCAAGCCUGAGGGCAAGAAGGCCAAGCGCGACGAAAAGAAGGAGAAGAAGGAAAAGCGCAAGGCCAAGGACGUUGUUGAGGAAGUAAAGGCCGAGGAGGUUCCCGCUGAGGAGAAGAGCGAGAAGAAGGAGAAAAAGGAGAAGGAGAAGAAGGAGAAGAAGGAGAAGAAGGACAAGAAGGAAAAGAAAGAAAAGAAGGAGAAGAAGGAAAAGUCCAGCGACGAUGCGGAGGCCGCUGAAGACAACGAGGUGGAGAAACAAGCCCCUGAGGCCAUGGACGUAGACGCCCAAGAAUCCAAGGAGAAGAAGAAGGAGAAGAAGGAGAAGAAGGACAAAAAGUCCAAGAAGGCAAAGAAAGAGGACAAAAACGCCCAGGAUGAAACCCAGCCCUCCGAAACUCCCGCAGAAGAGCCCGCUCAAGAAGAGGCUAGUCAGAAGGGAAACAGAUUCAUUUGCUUCGUCGGCAACCUCCCCUACUCGGCCAACCGCGAAUCCUUGACCGCGCAUUUUGAGAAGAUCACGCCGGUAUCUGUCCGUGUGGCGACCGAAAAGGACAAGCCGACCAAGUGUCGUGGCUUCGGUUUCAUUGAGUUCGACAACUACGAUCGCAUGAAGACCUGCCUUAAGCUAUACCACCACUCCAUGUUCGAUGAUAAGAAGUACCCGCCCCGGCGGAUUAAUGUUGAGUUGACCGCCGGCGGUGGCGGCGGCAAAUCGGAACACCGGAAAGCGAAGAUCGAAGCGAAGAACAAGAAGCUCUUUGAGGAGCGACAGCGGAACGCCAAGGAGAUCACCAAGGAGAAGGAGCGCAGAUUUCACGCCGAGGAGACUGGCGAGGAUGCCUAUGCGGGUGUGCACCCCAGUCGGAGGAACCGUAUGGCUUAAGAGCCGGGCCUUGCCUCGUAGCGAUCAUAAUUCGAUCAGUUUUGGUCAAACCCAAAAACGUUGUGUUUUUCGUGUUCGCUUGAAAGAUAUCCUUCUGUUCUCUUGUUCUCAUGUGCAUACUUAGAAAGUGUCAAGCAGGAAUAUAGACUUUAAAAGA